AUGCUGAAGGAGCGGGAGAGCUCUGAGGGGUCACCCUCUGCCCCUGACGAGUGCGCGGGCUGCGGGGGGCGGAUACAGGACCGGUAUUAUCUCCUUGCUGUCGAUCGUCAGUGGCACGGGAACUGUCUCCGGUGUUGCGAGUGCCGGUUGCCUCUGGACUCCGAGUUGACCUGCUUCUCCAGAGACGGAAAUAUUUAUUGCAAGGAAGACUAUUAUAGAUUGUUCUGUGUAAAGCGCUGCGCUAGAUGUGGAAACGGCAUCACAGCUAAUGAACUUGUGAUGCGUGCUCGUGAUAUGGUUUAUCACCUGACUUGCUUCACCUGUGUGGCGUGUGGUAGCCUCCUGUCCAAGGGGGACGUUUUUGGUAUGCGCGACGGCCUUGUAUAUUGCAGACCACACUACGACAGCGCGUGUUUGGAUGAAUAUUGCGAUGAGGAUAUAAAUAUGUAUAGAUGCCAAGAGAUGCACAGCGGAGGCGAUUCCCCAUCUCAGUACUAUUCCGGUGGUCCCAGCCAAAAAGGACGACCGCGUAAACGAAAAAGCGCCCAAGGAUCCCCCGAGGACAUACAAGUGCAAACAAUGAGAAUGGCGAAUACAGCUCUAGAUAUACUCCACCGAGGUGACCUGUCUUCAUCAAUGGAAUCUCUGGCCUACGACUCAUCUGUAGCGUCGCCAGGAAGUGUCACAAGUCACAGCCAACGCACUAAACGUAUGCGCACGAGUUUUAAACACCAUCAACUGCGAACUAUGAAGUCCUACUUCGCGAUCAACCAGAAUCCUGAUGCGAAAGAUUUAAAACAGCUCGCACAAAAGACUGGACUGUCCAAGCGAGUGUUACAGGUGUGGUUUCAAAAUGCACGAGCGAAAUGGCGUAGAAACAUGAUGCGUCAAGAAACGACGGGCCACGGUCAGAUAGUACCCAACAACGGUAACCAUAGCAACGGGAGUCUAGUCGUACCACCCCCCAAUGUUGGCGCUAUGAUGAUAUCAGAACCGCUCCAGACGAUUGAGGAUCUACGAGUCCACACACCGCACCCAAUGUCGUUUAGUGAAAUGUACUGA